GUGUUUUCCGACAGGCAGUGAAGGCACCCCCGUGUCGUUGAGCUCUCCGUUGAUUCCCACGCUGCUGGAGUAACGUCUGUGUUGUCCUGGAUGGAAGACAGUCUGGCUCCAGAAAGACAACCAUUUGGAGGAGUAUAAUCUGCCAUCAUGGUGAACCAGGUUCAGCAAAGGGACGGCAGCUGGCAGCCAUGCAAGAGCGACUCCAGCGGAGCCAGCAACAGUGGCGGGGAGAGUUCCAAGGAGAGUUCCCGGUGCUCCACACCGGUGCUGGACGCAGACCGGUUGGACAGGCUGCGGGACAAGAUGAAAAGGAGGAUAGAGUCCGGGGACCGCUGGUUCUCGCUGGAGUUCUUUCCUCCUCGUACGGCCAGUGGAGCCGUCAAUCUUAUUUCAAGGUUCGACCGUAUGGGCUCCGGAGGGCCUCUCUUCAUCGACAUCACCUGGCACCCAGCAGGGGACCCGGGCUCAGACAAAGAGACCUCAUCCAUGAUGAUCGCCAGCACGGCCGUAAACUACUGCGGGCUGGAGAGCAUCCUGCACCUGACCUGCUGCAACCAGACCAGAGAGAAGAUCACAGGGUACCUGGCCAAGGCUAAACACCUGGGCUUAAAGAACAUCAUGGCUCUGAGGGGAGAUCCCAUUGGAGUCGACUGGGAGGAAGAGGAGUGCGGCUUCAACUUUGCCAUCGAUCUCGUGAAGCACAUCCGAUCAGAGUUUGAUGACUACUUUGACAUCUGUGUCGCUGGAUACCCGACCGGCCAUCCCGAGGCGGAGAGCUACGAGGAGGACCUCCGACACCUGAAGGAGAAGGUGGAUGCUGGAGCAGACUUCAUCAUCACUCAGCUCUUCUUCAGGGCGGACACUUUUCUUAAGUUUCUGGACGACUGCAGAGCGAUUGGCAUCACGUGUCCCAUCUUACCUGGAAUCUUCCCCAUUCAGGGUUACCAGUCUCUGCGUCAGCUCGUCAAACUGUCGAAGCUCGAGAUCCCUGAGGAGAUCACCGAAGUCAUCGAGCCGAUCAAAGAUAACGACGCUGCGAUCCGAAACUACGGCAUUCAUCAGGCGGUGGAGAUGUGUCGAGUGCUGCUGGACAGCGGGAAGGUGCCAGGUCUUCACUUCUACACGCUGAACCGAGAGGUGGCCCCCAUGGAGGUGCUGAGACAGCUGGGUCUGUGGAUAGAGGACCCCAGACGGCCUCUCCCCUGGGCGGUGAGCGCUCAUCCCAAACGAAAAGUGGAAGAUGUGCGACCCAUCUUCUGGGCAUCCAGACCAAAGAGCUACAUCUACAGGACGCAGGACUGGGACGAGUUCCCCAACGGCCGAUGGGGGAACUCGUCAUCUCCAGCUUUCGGUGAGUUAAACGACUACUACCUGUUCUACCUGAAGAGCAAAUCCUCCAAAGACGCUCUGCUGCAGAUGUGGGGUGAGGAGUUGAUGAACGAGGAGAGCGUCUUCGAGGUCUUCACCAGUUACAUCUCAGCACAGCCCAACCGCAACGGAAACAAGGUGAUGUGUCUGCCGUGGAAUGAUGAGCCUCUGGCUCCAGAAACAAACCUACUGAAGGACGAGCUGGAGAAGGUGAACCGACGAGGAGUCCUGACCAUCAAUUCGCAGCCCAGCAUCAAUGGGAAACCCUCCACGGACCCCAUUGUGGGCUGGGGCCCUGCAGGAGGAUACGUCUUCCAGAAGGCGUACCUGGAGUUUUUCACCUCCAGUGAAAACGUCACAGCUCUCCUUAAAGUCUUGAAGAAGUACGAGCCGCGGGUCAACUACCACAUCGUCAACGUGCAUGGACGUAACCUGACCAACGCCCCCGACAUGCAGCCCAAUGCCGUGACAUGGGGAAUCUUCCCUGGCAGAGAGAUCGUCCAGCCGACCGUCGCAGACCCGGUCAGCUUCAUGUACUGGAAGGAUGAGGCGUUCGCCCUGUGGAUCGAGCAGUGGGCCAAACUCUACGAGGACGAGUCUCCUUCGCGGAUGAUCAUCAAGUACAUCCACGAUAACUACUUCCUGGUGAAUCUGGUGGACAAUGACUUCCCUCUGGAGAACUGUCUGUGGCAGGUCAUCGACGACAUGUUCGAGCUGCUCGACACUCCUCCUGAGCAGCUCCACGACGGAGCCGUCUCAGAUUGAACCGGUUCUGCGUUUUUGAUGACAUUAACGAACUGUUUGAGUUUAUGCAAAGUCAGAAAAGCUGCUGAAUCACAUUUUGGGUAAGAAGUUUAAUUAACGGUAUUUUUAAAGCUUUUUAUAAAUGUUUGUGAGUGAAUGGAAAUUAAACUGCACUGCCUCGCCUGAACUAAAGCAGAGUUGACCCUUUGGAUAUGAAAGUAUUUUUCAUGCUGUGUAGCACUUCGCGCUGAAACUUGACCCAUCAUCAUGAAAGAUCAUCAAAUACAAAACACCUUAACAUGAAUGUUACCAUGCAAACACUUAUAGAAUUAUAUUUUUAUUUUCAUGGAAGAGAAUCAGAGUAAAAAUUUGUACUGAUGUGAGAAAACCUGCUGUAGAUUUUUGUGUGUGAUGAUUUUAUGAACCACAGAGAAAAGUUACACGUUCAUCCUGCUGCCUUAACAUGUUUAAACGUACGUCGUAUUUAUUUGUUUCUCUGCUCAUUAAAUAGUUUUCAGGAGUGAACCAUGAAAA